ACUGGGUGAAUCAGUCGAACGUCAAAGUGCUGCGUGAAUUUGUAAACAAACCAUGGAUUGUCCGCCAAAAAAACAGGAAAUGGGAGUCUUGGGGGCAUGCUCCUUCAACAAUUGGUACAGUCAAUUUGAGAAAAUCACAAUAAAGUCCUUUAUUGUGCCCAUUCCCAACCAUGUUUUGGAUUAUUUGCGAGAUGACAUGAUUAUCAUGCCCAGGGAAUGCCUGGACCCCACAGAAGAUAAUGACGAUGCAUCUGAGGAAGAGAUUAGAGUAUCCUUUCCUGAGUUUUCCACUCAAAUACGCAAACUGUUGCGUGACAAAUUGCCAAAUGGGGCUUUUCUAAAAACCAACUGGCACUGUGCCCGUGAUGCUCACUGGAUUAUGCCUGGACAGACUCUAAAGGUUCGUGAUGUGUCUGAGGUGUAUCAAUUGCUAAAAGCUUCAAAUUUCUCAAAAAUGGAUCUGAGUCCGGAACGAGGAUUUGCCAGUGGUUUCAAUUUCUGCAUUGUCCUGAGGAAAUGGCAGGAAAUCAAUCCAGCCAGUGAAUUUAGAUGUUUUGUGCGGGGUCAUACACUUAUUGCAAUAUCUCCACGUGCCUGGCCAGAGUACUAUGAGCACAUUUAUCAGCAGAAAAGUGACAUUAUCCGGGAUAUUUGUACACUUUUCAAGGAACAUAUCAAAAAUCGCUUUCCUCUGGCUGAUUAUGUCUUUGAUGUUGUCCGGGAGAAGAAAGAUGUUGUCCAAUUGCUGGAUUUUGCCCCAUUUGAUCAGCAAUAUACCAAUUCACUGGCUUUUGAGUGGCUAGAACUUGAGGAUGACGAAAAGUAUCCAGCUGGCGGGGAAGACGAACCUGAAUUUUGCUACCUCAAGCAAGAUAUUGGGAUUCAGCCCAAACAGAAGCAUCUCUAUGGUCUUCCACUGGAAUUUACAACUCUAGCCAGUGGAAAUUCUGAGGGAUCUGUGGCUCAGCAUCUCGCAGAUUUGGGACUCUAGAAAGCAUUUACAGGAAAAUCUUUCACAUUCUCAGCCAUUUCCUACCUUUCUGGAGACCCGAAGAGAGUACCACUGCUCAACAAAAAAUAAAAAGCUGAAGGUGCAGAGGACGAAAUAAAAGAAAGCAAAUUUAAAUUUAAUUGGUGGACCCUUACAAAUAAAUAAAAGCACUAUAAAAAAUGCUGAACGGUUACCAGAAGACGAUUUGGCUAUUUGUUCUGACUUUAUUUCUUCAAAAUGAACAUUUUAUCAAACUAAUAAUUUAUUUUGGACAAAUAUAGAUCAACUCUGAAGAA